CUCCCGGAAGUGUGCAUUUUGGUACGAAAAUACAUUUACCCGCGAUUAUACAUAGCUAACGUUACUUACUCGUCACAGAGUUUCUGAAUUAUUUUCUCACUUUUGGUUUAGCGAAUCAAAACUGUAAGAAACUAACUACUGCUUAUCAAGAACUGUCAUGGCCAAUUUGAAUGAAGCUGAUUUACCACCAAAUCUGACUUGCCUCAAAAAUGUUGAUACCAUUCUCCGAUGUCCCAUUUGUUUCGAAUUCCUGAGUAUCGCAAUGAUGACCAAAUGCUCUCACAACUUCUGCUCUUUGUGCAUAAGAAAAUUUCUGUCCUACAAAUUACAAUGUCCAGUAUGCAAUUCACCUACAACAGAACAAGACCUAAGAAACAACCGGAUACUGGAUGACCUGGUCACAAACUUUAAAUCUGCAAGACAGCAGUUGUCAAAUGCUAAUUUUGACUCGCCUCCAAUAUCCCGGAAGGCCCCGGCCUCAUCUGUCAAGUGUAAAAAACCUAGACAGACAACGGCCCCCAAGAAGGAAGCCUCCAUCUUCAAUCACUUUUUCCGAAAGGGGCCCACCACCUCCACAACUUCUCUCACUACAGAGGCCACACCAGCACAGCAACUUAUUCCAUGCAGAAAGAGACUGUCUGACACUCCUCUACGUAGCCAAACUGUGAAGGAGGGCCCCCGUCCUACACAGACUGUGAUAGUAGACCCUGAUCAUCAGGUCUCUGUGAAGGAGGAGCCCAUUGAGGACAUACUGCCCCAGGUGCUGGUGUCUGUAAAGAUGGAGAAGAUUGACUUCUCCAUGACAGGGCUGGCGUCCCUGGCUGUUUCACAGUCCUCAUCAGAGGACCUGAAGCCUCUAGUUAAAGUGGAGUGUCCUGUGUGUUCUGUGGGCAUCCUUGAACAGUUCAUCAACAAGCACCUGGACAGCUGUCUGACCCAAGGGGAAAAGAAGGAGAGCCUUAGGAGCUCCCUAGGUGCCAAGAGGAAGCCGAUGAGGAAGCUGGUAUACACACUGCUGUCCAUGCAGGAGCUGAAGAAGAGGCUGAAGGAGUGCCACCUCUCUGCCCAGGGCACCAGAGACCAGCUGGUCAGGAGGCACCAGGACUUUGUACACUUCUACAAUGCCCAGUGCGACGCCCUCGAACCGAAAUCAGCCAAAGACAUCGCCAAAGAAGUGGAGGCCAACGAGAAGGCUAGGAACCAACUGCAGGGGAAAACCAAAUGUGCUAUGGUCUUCUCUAAGAACCAAAGUCUGGGGCAAAUCGAUGAGAUGCAUUCAACUUACAGGAAGCAGCAUAACAGUGAGUUCUCCCGCCUUAUCGCUCAGGUCCGGGGUCGCCUGGAGACUGCGAGGACGAGGGAGAUAAAGCAGAAAGUGAGGGAUGAGGGAGGAGAGGAGGACCAGGGAGUGGGUUCCAGCUCUGCAGAUAAGGCAGCACAACAGGAACAGAGUGAUCCCAGCCCCAGUGACUCAGAGGCCUGCUGCGUAUUGAUGACAUCACCUGUGGAGGAGCCCUCUGAGAAGCAGCAGCAGCCUUCUGUUGUAGCAGUCAUCUCCAGGUCACCCAGCCCAUGUCUCAGUGAGGUGUCCAUCAGCAGCUCCGUCUCCGACAUCUUCGCUGGCAGAUGCUAUGAAGUUUUGGAGAACACCUCGAGUGGGAAACGGGCUUCCUACUCCAAGGAGGAAGACUCUUCUCUGCCACUUGUCCUGGGAAAACGAGCCCGGAAAACCUGGAAAGAGGACCGGAAGGAGUCGAGCUGAACUCUGUUAAACACCUUCACCUUUAUCUAAUUUCUUUAAGCAAAUUUUCUGGGUAUAGCAUGUUAAGAAAUACAUUUGUCAUUUUAUAACUUGGUUGUUCCACCAAUUAGAGACAUUUUGAGUGGUGAAACUUGGUGGAGAAUAACCCAGUUUAUUUCACCUAAUUGUAACAUUCUGCCAUAAAGAGCACAUAUGUGAAAUCAUGUUUUUUAACACUGGAUAAAAGUAGAGACUCAGAGCUAUGAAAUGGUAUAUCAUAUACUGCAUUUUUGAGGAACAAAGGGAAAGUAAUUCUGCUUUGAAACCUGAUACAUUUUUAACCUCGCUUUCGAGAAAAGGACCUUUGAAUGUUUUGGUACCUACUGGAGACCUCUCCUUUGUCCAUACCCAUUCAGCAUUGUUCAGACCCUGUUAAGCCAGCCCCACCCAUCUCUUUAAGGAUUCACAUGUGAGGUCAUGUGCUAAACAGUGAGUAGUGUAGUAAAGACUAAGACUUAAAGUAGUAGCCUACGAUAAGGGAAAAUUCCAGGUAAACAGAAAGUAAAAAAUAUUUUAUAAAUAUUAGAUUACACUUACCCAGACACACUUGUCUAAAUUGAUGGGCCAUGUGAAAGAUAUUCUAUAAACCCCAGCCACAUCCAGUGGUGGAAAAAGUACUAAAUGGUCAUACUUGAGUAAAAGUAAAGAUACCUUAAUAGAAAAUAACUCAAGUAAAAGUCACCCAGUAAAAUACAACUUGAGUAAAAGUCUAAAAGUAUUUGGUUUUAAAAAUACUUAAGUAUCAAAAGUAAAUGGAAUUGCUAAAAUGUACUUAAGUACAAAUAAAUAAAGCACACUCAGACAUAAUACAAACAAAGCAUUUGUGUUUAAAGUGUCUGCCAUAUCAGAUGCAGUUGGGAUGACCAGGUAUGUUCUCUUGAUAAGUGUAUGAAUUGGACAAUUUUCCUGUCAAAAUGUAACGAGUACUUUUGGGUGUCAGGGAAAUAUAUGGAGUAAAAAGUACAUUAUUUUCUUUCGGAAUGUAGUGAAGUAAAAGGGAAAGUUGCCCUAAAAUAUAAUUCGUAAAGUACAGAUACCCCAAAAAAAUACUUAAGCAGUACUUUAAAGUAUUUUUACUUAAGUACUUUACACCACUGGCCUCAUCUUUCUAAAUGGAUGGGUCUCCACAGAAGGUGUAAACGGUACAGCCAAAUGGUUACUUGCAUUGCAGAAAUAUAUAUAUAUAUAUUUGUUUUAUUUAACCAGGUAGGCCAGUUGAGAACAAGUUCUCAUUUACAACUGCGACCUGG